AUGCCUGAUUGUCUUCAAUUCCAGGGAACAAUUGUUGUCUCAGCACUGUAUGCCAUCCAUCAUGAUCCAAAGAAUUUCAAGAACCAUGAAAUCUUCAAUCCGGAAAGGUUCUUGGGUGAAGCUGGAAAUCUCAUCAAUAACUCUAAAAUCGUGCCUUUUCAAACAGGAAGGAGACAAUGUUUGGGAGAAACUCUGGCUGAAAUGAGUGCUUUCUUGGGAUUGGUUUACUUGCUGCAAACAUUCAAUUUUGAGAAAGUCCCAGGAUUUCACUACACCUUGGAACCAAAAGAAAGAGAAGAGGUGGUUCAUAUGCCUGAGCCAUACAAAAUUCUUGCCAUUCCCCGGAUUCAUUUUUAA